AUGGAGGAAAGAAGCAGCCGCAACGGAAGCAGAGACAGACUGGGACUGAGCUUCACAAUUGACUACCUGCUCUUUAAUAAAGGAGCCAAAGCUUCUAAAGACGAUGCAACAGCAAGUCGUGCUGCAGAGCAGAUAACGAACGACAUGCCAGGUCGUCAGAAUCCUAAACUCGAAGAGGUGGGGAUUCGCUGUGAGAUCCAAGAGAAGGGUCUACAGAGGUCAGAGGUAGAUGCUGAAAAAAGGAAAGCCAAAGAAGAUGAAGGGGAUGAAGACCAAAAAGAGGAGGGGGAGGAGGAAGUGACCACCACCACCACUACCACCACGUCUGCGAGCUGCGGUACAGAGAAGUCUGCGGACAAACCCAACCAGUCAUACAUUGCACUCAUCUCCAAAGCGAUCCUGGCGUCUGAGCAGAAGAAACUGCUUCUGUGUGACAUCUACCAGUGGAUCAUGGACCAUUACCCAUACUUCAAGAGUAAGGACAAAAACUGGAGGAACAGCGUGCGUCACAAUUUGUCCCUAAACGACUGUUUCAUCAAAGCGGGCCGGAGCGACAACGGUAAAGGCCACUUCUGGGCGAUCCACCCAUCGAACUAUCAGGACUUUUCCAAUGGAGACUACCACUGCCGAAGGGCAAGACGGAGGGUACGCAGGGUGCCAGGACAGCUCCCACUUUCCUCCCUGAGCUCGCCCUACCACCCCGCCAUCGUCCGUCCCCACAGAACAACCUGCUGGUGCUGUCCUCAGGCCUCUGCACUUCCUCUUCAAUGCUUGGCACCCAGACUCUACUGGCCUUGGUCCAGCAUGCAGCCACAAAUUGGGCUCCACCUGGGCCUAAAUGCCUCUGUACCCUGA